AUGGCGUUUCCACAGCCUAACGCGCAAAGAGAAUUAACAAAUCGGAAGAUAUUAGAGGAACUUCAAUUGAAGAAACAGAUGCUUUUAAAGCAAGGUGCUGUUACUCCACUUACUGCUACAUCUAUAGCACUGACUCAACCAAACCCAGUUAGCCAACUGCCUAUGUGUUCCAUUCCACCUGUCUCGGCGACUGCUGGAUUCCCUCAACUACCAGAAGCAAAUAUAGUGAAUACUAGUCACCGUGCCGCACUACAACACGCAAAUGCUACAUCUUGUGGCUUUUUUGUAUCUCAAGAUUCAUCAUUUGGUAACCAAAUACUGCCAGUGCUUCCACGGUUUGAUAACAAGUAA